ACAGAACUGCUUCUCAAUUGACCUGCCUGGUAAAUUAAACAUUACCUAUGAUAUUAUUUUUUUCUAGGUGUAGUUAUUGAUUUAAUGCACUUGAUGAAAGACGGUGGCUUUGAUGUCUCCCUCUUCUUUCGUGACAUUGUAAGUCCACCUGAGGAUGAGAGCGAGCUGGGGCUGCAGCUGAAGCCCUGUGACAAACUGGAGGACCUGCAGAAAUGGGUCCGGCCUAAGGAGCAGAAAAAGAGAGUCAAGGCCAGGUUGAGCUUGUGUCUUGGCGAGGGCCUAAAUAUUGCAGUGGGACUUUAUGAAGCAGCACAAAAAGGUUGGAAACCAGAUCCAAUCGGUCUUUACAGAGAGACCAAUGAACCAGUUCGCCGUAAAAAUCGUUUCUUCCACACUCAGACUGGCAGUUUGUUGCUGCCCAGUGAGAUAAAGAAGGCACAGGUGUAUGGCAAGAAACAAAUAGUAAUGGCGAGAGACGAGGUGGACUCCAUCAAGAAAUUUGAUGACCCCAAGUUGUUUCUGAUUGGAUUCAAACCAGUGGAGAAGCUCAAACUGCAUCAUCAUAUCCGACACUCUCACUUCAUCUAUCCUGAGGAGCAGGAAGUGAAAGGAAGCACAUGUCUGUUUUCAGCCUUGUUGAAGAAGUGUAGUGAGAGGAACAUAUUUGCGCUCUGCCGUUGCAUCUCCCAACGAAACCAUCCGCCUCGAUUUGUUGCCUUGGUGCCUCAGCUGGAGGAGGUUGAUGAAGGGAUAGGACAGAUUACACCACCAGGUUUUAAUGUUAUCUACCUACCGUAUGCGGACGACAUACGGCCACUGGAUCCUCCUCGAUGUCCUCCGGCCUCACAGAUGCAGGUGGACAAGAUGAAGGAGAUUGUCUACAAGCUCUGCUUCAAAUACAAGAGUGAUGCUUUUGAGAACCCAGCUCGCCAGCAGCAUUACAGGAACCUGGAGGCCUUGGCUUUGGACAUGAAGGCUCCAGAGGACAUUGAGGAUCUUAUUAUGCCAAAGGUGGAGCAGAUUGACCACUGUCUCGGUCCUUUGGUCCAAGACUUCAAAGAUAUGGUUUACCCCCCCGAUUACAACCCAGAGACCAAAACGGCUCCUAAACACAAAACGGCUGAUGUUGGAGGUGGUACUGAGAAAAAACCCAAAGUGGAGCUGACAGAGGUUGAACUGCGAGCCCACCUGCACAAUGGCACUCUGGGAAAGCUGACGGUUCCUCUGCUGAAGGAGGCCUGUAGGCAGUUUGGGAUUCGGACCACCGGAACAAAGAAGCAGGAGCUUAUAGAUGCUCUGACUGCGAAGUUAGGUUCAUGAGGACUCAGGGUUCAGACUCGAGUUCUUUUCACAGACCAGGUUCUGGUGGGUUCAGUUGGUCUGCAGGACACAAAGGUGUUCAGGUCUUAUUAUGGUUUAUGAUGGGCUACAGCUUUAAUCAGAUUGUGCUCAUUUCACUUUGCAUAUGGGUGAUUCUAUAAUUGGAGAUACAUUUCGCACUUUGAAAAAUGAAAGAAAAAAGUGUUAAUUUCCAAUAAUUUUUUCAGGUAUUUUACUGAAAAUAUGUUAAACUUUGAUAAUUUGCUGUUUGUCAAACAUUAUUUUUACCU